AUGGAGGAAGGACAGGAUGCCAACAAGGACUCAAGAAGACAAUACGGAAGGACGCAGUCACAACCCGAGAACCCAUUCGCUAUCUUAAUUCCCGAUCAGGAAAUAGCAAUUGUUCCGGAGUUUACAUUGGAGUCUGGUAUUGCACUCCGAAAUGUUCCAGUGGCCUACACGACGCGAGGCAAGCUCAACGACGCUGGUGACAAUGCCAUGGUUAUAUGUCACGCUCUCACCGGCAGUGCUGACGUGAGUGACUGGUGGGGUCCAUUACUUGGCGGUCCAGGACGAGCGUUCGAUACUUCAAGAUUCUUCAUCGUUUGUAUGAACAGUCUGGGCAGUCCAUACGGCACUGCCAGUCCGGUCACGGCAAAGCAUGGCGAUGUAUCAAAGGGCAACUAUGGGCCGGAGUUCCCGCUGACCACUAUCCGUGAUGACGUUAACCUCCACAAACUUCUCCUAGAUGAUUUGGGGGUGAAUCAGGUUGCUGCUGUCAUCGGGGGAUCGUUGGGUGGCAUGUUCGUUCUGGAAUGGGCGUACUUUGGCAAAGACUAUAUUCGGUGCAUUGUCCCCAUCGCCACGUCAAGCCGACACAGUGCAUGGGGCAUCAGUUGGGGUGAAGCCCAACGGCAAAGCAUCUACGCCGACCCAAAAUAUGACGACGGAUACUAUCCAUUUGAUGACCCGCCAGCAACCGGGCUCGGCGCCGCUCGUAUGGCUGCCUUGCUCACGUAUCGAAGCCGCAACUCUUUCGAAUCUCGAUUCGGCCGCAACAUUCCUGAUCCGUCCAAAGUCCAAACAAUCCGUGAACGGCCGCGGCUUAGCACGCCUUCGGAGGCACACUUCCAUAUCCACAAUGAUGGACAUAACAUCAAGCGCAAAAGUUCCUCUCGUCAAGGCAGUGGAUCGCCCACUCCUCCUCUGGCAAAUGCCCCAGACCCGCAGUUUCGCGGGCCUCGGAAAACAGAGAGCGUCAAUGGCGAGAGCUUGGCUGGAGGCGAGAACCUUCCACAGUCUCAGUAUUUCUCGGCACAGUCGUACCUACGGUACCAAGGCACCAAAUUCGUCAAGCGUUUUGACAGUAAUUGCUACAUCGCAAUGACCCGCAAGCUAGAUACGCACGACGUGUCACGAGGACGGGCAGAGACCAUCGGCGGUGCCCUGGCUAUGAUUGAGCAGCCCACUUUGGUGCUUGGCAUCGAAAGCGAUGGGCUCUUCACAUUCGCGGAGCAAGAAGAAAUUGCUGAGCACGUCAAAAACGCCCGACUUGAAAGGAUUGAGAGCCCCGAAGGUCACGAUGCUUUCCUACUCCAGUUCGAGCAGGUCAAUGGCUACAUCUUGGAAUUUCUCAAAGAGGUGCUGCCUGACAUCAUGAACAAGGAGGGCGGAGCACCAGAGGAAACCGGCGUGGGUAAGCUGACAAAGUCCAGCACCUUUGGAGAGGCAGAAGUCGAAGACAUUACGGCAUGGUAG